GGCCGCAGCCCCGCCGAGCCCCGCCGCACCGAGCCGAGCCGCGCCGGGCGGAGCGGAGCCGCCGCGCCGGGGCCGCCCCGGGCCGGGCCAUGCGCUGAGGCCGCCGCGCCGCCCGCAGCCAAGGGCGGAUCCCGGGCAGGACACGCGACCGCGGGGCAAGAUGCCGGAGCAGAGCAACGAUUACCGCGUGGUGGUGUUCGGCGCCGGCGGCGUGGGCAAGAGCUCGCUGGUGCUGCGCUUCGUCAAGGGGACCUUCCGCGACACCUACAUCCCCACCAUCGAGGACACGUACCGGCAGGUGAUCAGCUGCGACAAGAGCGUGUGCACCCUGCAGAUCACCGACACCACCGGCAGCCACCAGUUCCCGGCCAUGCAGCGCCUGUCCAUCUCCAAGGGCCAUGCCUUCAUCCUGGUCUUCUCGGUCACCAGCAAGCAGUCGCUGGAGGAGCUGAAGCCCAUCUACCAGCAGAUCGUGCAGAUCAAGGGCAGCGUGGAGAGCAUCCCCAUCAUGCUGGUGGGCAACAAGUGCGACGAGACGCAGCGCGAGGUGGAGAGCAGGGAGGGGGAGGCCAUGGCCAAGGAGUGGAAAUGCGCCUUCAUGGAGACCUCGGCCAAGAUGAACUACAACGUCAAGGAGCUCUUCCAGGAGCUGCUGAACCUGGAGAAGAGGAGGAACGUCAGCCUCACCAUCGACGGGAAGCGCUCCAGCAAGCAGAAGAGGACAGACAAAAUCAAGGGGAAGUGCAGCAUCAUGUAGAGCCCCGGACUGGCCCGCGCCCCCCCUCCGGAUGCCCACCCCCCUUCUCCCCCCCACGGCUGGACGUGGCAGCGGCAUCGCAGCGGGACAGUCCCCUCGUCCUCCGUGUGCCAUCACUGUGACUGUGCGGGGACGCCAGCGCUCGGCCCGGGGCCGGGGGUGAAGACGGGGCCGAGGUGAGGGACACGCGGCCACCCCCCCACCCCCCGGGCACGGCAGGACCGGGGACUCGCCGCCAGGACACCCGGACCGCACCCCCCGCACCGGGGGAAUGACGGUGCCGCGUGGGGGUGGCGGUGUCACCCUUGGGGACAGUCCCGCGUGCCCCCGUCCCCACGCCAUAGUGCUCUGCUCCUGCGGGCAGAGCCCCGGGGCGGGGGCAGCCCCUGCCCGGUGUCCCCCGGCCCCCCUGCCCCAUCCCGGUGCCACGGCUCCCCCAGCCCCGUGUGCUACCGCAGCCCCCCGAGCCCCCAGCCCGGCACCGUGACCCCCCAGCCCCACCGUGGCCCCGCGGGCCCCCCGUGCCCCCCCAGCCCCGCGCCGGAGCCGCAGCCGGAGCCGCCAGCACAAGCACAAAAGCAUCGGGUCCGCGGGAGGUCCUGACCCAGCACAAUCCUGGCCAGCUCCGGCGGGACACCCCCGGCCCCACGGCCAGCCGGGCCCCCAGCGCUGCGGGGCCGGUGCCACCCCCUCCUCAGCGUCCCCCCGCGGGGUGACCCCGGGACCCCCCGACACCCCCGGGACCCCCCGACACCCCCCAGCUCUGGCGCAGCCCCGCUUGCUCCCCCCUUGGCCGGAGCGGGGUCCCCGCGCUGUCACCAGCCCCUCGUCCCCUCGGGGUUUGUCCCCUCGCUCCGGCCCCGCUCCUUCCCCCGGGGUGUCCCCGAGGGGGGUCCCCGAGGUGAGGGGACCCCCCGAGCUCCCCGCACCCCCCGGCUCUUCACACGAGGACGGAGCGCCCAGGGGACGGGGUGCCGAUGUAGCCUUUAUUCUAGAAAUAGUCUUCCUUCAAUAAAGAGACACAAACGCG